AUGUCAGAAAUAGAGAGUGACAAGAAUCUCGAUUAUUAAUUUCUGACUUAGAUAUUAGAAAAUUAGGAUUGCAUAAAUUACGUAGAAAUGUUGCAAUAACUCCUUAAUAACCUUUUCUAUUUACAGGAACGAUAAGAAGAACCUUAGAAUCAUAUGAUAUUUAAAAAGAUGAAUAAUUAUGGAUAGCAUUAGAACAAACUGAUUUAUUAAAUCAUGUUUAAAAUUGUAAAAUGGUCUAUUGACUGA